CCACGUCAGUCAAAGGAGCUGUGCGCGCGCCAUGGCCCGGCCCCCGCACGUCAGGGACGCAUCGAGGCCGACGUGCGAUGCCGUCACGGAGCUUUUCGAUCGACUUUGCGUUCCAGCAGCGCAAAGAGAUGUAGAGGAUCAACAAAAGAGGCUGCACCGUCGCCGUGGCUUCUCAUCGGUUCUUCUCUCUGUAGCGGGAACGAGAGGCAGGUCUAGGCACAGAAACAUCUCGCUUUCGGGCCGUGAUCUGAUCACUUACCUUCCUCGCCAUUUAUAGACCAAACCAGUAGCUUCAAACCCGGCCCCGACUAGAACACACACGCAGAUUGGCAGUUCGCGACGCAACAAAUCUGCACCGCUGUUCCACCUCCAUGCUGAGCUUUGCCGUGCUGGCACAUGGACGCCGCCGGCAUGGGUCUUGAGGCCGCGGACGGCCGUUCUCCGGCGGGCGGUGACGUCGACGCGGCGCCGGUUGUCGAGGACAUCCCGGCGGACGUCCUCGCGCUCGUGCUCCGCCGGCUCGACGGCGCGUCGCUGGCCGCGCUGGGGUGCGCGUGCUCCUGCUUCCACGAGCUCGCCAGCGACCCGGCCACGUGGCGCGGCAUCUGCCUCGCCAUGUGGCCGUCCGUCCGCGACGUGCCCUGCUGCUGGGACGGCGGCGGAGGACACCGGGCGCUCUUCGCUGACGCCUUCCCGUUCCCGGCCGCGCCGGCGGCGGCACCGUCCGUGCCCGCCUCGGGCUCGGGCUGCCUCCCCGCGCGGCUCGUCUCGGCCGUUGACCUGCACCACGGGGGCGCCUGCAUCAUGUCGCGCGUCGUGGACACGGACACCUCGUCGGACUGGUUCCUGGGCUCCCCGUUCCGCGUCGACGCGCUCGUGCAGGAGGGCUUCUCGGCGCCGUCUCCGAUCACCCCCGCCGAGCUGACGCUCAGCUGGAUACUGAUCGACCCGUCCUCCGGCCGCGCCGUGAAUGCCUCCAGCCGGCGCCCGGUGUCCGUCGACCGGAAGUGGCUCACGGGGGACAUCGUGAUGCGGUUCACCGUCGUGCUCCGCGACGUCGCCCUGGACGCAGCCGUCACGUGCGACGAGCGGUACGGGCACGUCAGGGAGGUGAGCCUGUGCAUAGAAGGCGGGGACGGCGGCGGCGUGAGCGGCCGAGACGGGCUGGCAGCGAUCACCGCGGCCAUGGCGGGCGCGAGGCAGGGCCGCGGCGCGGAGGCGGCGGCGAGGCUGAGGUACGAGGAGUUCGUGAAUGGGAAGAGGGCGAGGAAGGAGUGGAAGGCGAGGCGGGAGGGCAUCCUUGACCUCUGCUGCUCCGGCGUCGGGGCGGCGGCGUUCGCCGGGUUCCUGGUGAUGCUGACGUUCCGGUGACCGUGCGACAUCCGCCGCGCCGGGCAAGGCAUGAGCAACGUAGAUAUGAUUGUGCUGUAGCUUACGGUCUGCUGUCACAAUGAAAUGUAUAGCUGGGAAGUCACCAUCGCUUCAUUUUUGUUGUUAUUGUUUUUUCAAAAAGCAAAGUUCAAGAAAAAAUACUUGAAAGUUCUAAAAUCUUAGUGUGUCAGACACAUCUCAUUAUUGAACUUAAGCCUUCUAUUCUUCAAUUUUGUUAUGGUUAAUUGUCCUUGGCUCCUUGCUCGGAGCCACCGUGAUUUCAUUUUUACUGGACAUGCAGUAAGCUCUCGUCAUUUUUACUGGACAUGCAGCAAGCUCAGGUGAUAAGAUGCCGCGAACCCCAGCAAACCUGCGUAGCAUUGGCUCGCAAUUGAUCCAUACAUGCUCACUCGGCAAAGCAAGACACCGAGUCUGUAAUUGCUUAUAGUAUAUCACACAAAAAAUAUGAAAUUUCAACGUUCUUACACAAAUCUAGUUUUACUUCCAUUUUUCAAUUACAUAAAUAUGCUAUGGCAAUGCCAACACGGUUAUUUGGAAACAAGGGACGCCAUGAAUACUACCGACCCACUAUUGCUAUAAGGACUCAACACCGAUACACUAAGACAAACCUAUACAGGAGUUUGAGAAGCACGAAGCAUACAAAAAUCAAAGAUCGCAAGCACUCUGUCACACGCCAGAAACUCUGGGAAGACCAUGAAGCAGUCUAUACAAGUGAUUUCUGCAAUUCCCGACAGACUAAAUCGAUGAACUCGUCGCUCUG